UGGGAGAUUGCAGCCCCUUCCACCCUCUUGGCGCUCGGGCUUCUUACGAUUAUCCGUGUGCCGAAUUUUGGAGCCAGCCCUCCCGAAUCUCUUGGCCAAUCAAGAGACCACACAUUGUUGCCUAAGAGACCCCGGAUGCCAGCGAAAGGAUUUAUGGGUGGUGAUUGGAUUACUGGAAGAAGGGUGGGGGCUGGACAGAGGCAAAGAAAAGGCUGCCAUGGCAACACCAGCGCUUGAGGCUUGAAGAGGGCGGUGAGCUGAAAGAGGUAUGGUUUUUCUUAUGGAAGAAUAGUCCGUUAUUUCAUGAUGGCAUUUGCACCUCCAAAAAGCAUAGAUGGUCCCAAAAUGCAGACAAAGAUGAGUACCUGGACACCUCUAAACCAUCAGCUUUUGAAUGACCGGGUAUUUGAAGAAAGAAGAGCUCUGCUUGGAAAAUGGUUUGAUAAAUGGACAGACUCUCAACGGAGAAGAAUCUUGACAGGCCUGUUAGAACGUUGCUCCCUGUCACAGCAAAAGUUCUGCUGUCGAAAACUUCAAGAAAAAAUUCCAGCAGAAGCUCUGGAUUUUACUACCAAGCUUCCAAGGGUGUUAUCUUUAUACAUCUUUUCUUUCCUGGACCCCCGAAGCCUUUGUCGUUGUGCACAGGUGAGCUGGCACUGGAAGAAUUUAACUGAGCUGGAUCAGCUCUGGAUGCUCAAAUGUUUACGAUUUAACUGGUACAUCAAUUUCUCUCCAACUCCCUUUGAGCAGGGUAUAUGGAAGAAGCACUACAUUCAAAUGGUAAAAGAACUUCAUGUUACCAAGCCUAAGACACCUCCAAAAGAUGGGUUUGCUGUUGCCAACGUUCAACCAGUUACAAGCAGUUCUGCAGAGGAAAAGCAGUCCCCUGCAUCAGCUUUCAGGUCCUCUUCCUCUUUGAGAAAGAAAACCCACCCAGGGGAGAAAGAACUCCCACCCUGGAGAUCUUCUGACAAGCAUCCAACUGAUAUCAUUCGCUUUAAUUACCUGGACAACUGUGACCCCAUUGAGCAAAUCUGGCAAGGAAGGAGGAAAAGACAUGAAAUGAACCCAGAUUUCAGUCGACAAUCACAUGAUAAGAAAAAUAAAUUGCAGGACAGAUCUAAGCUAAGGAAAACACAGUCACUGAUAUCCCUAAAUGCAGAACCCAGCGCCCCUCUCCAAGUUCCCGCUCAUCUCGCCUGGUCUCCUCAUCGGUGGGCAGGGCUCCCGGCCACCAAAGCAGCCACGAAAAUCCUCACGCAACAUCUUCAGAGGCCCUCUGGGCUUCAGGCAUUACCCAGCCAGGCUCCAGAUCCGAAGUCAAUUUAAAAAUGUGAAAGGAUUUUGAUAGAAAUGACAAGGUGCUCUACACAUUGGAGAGUUGGAUGUUACUUGGGUCCUCUCUUAGAAACAUUCAGCUUGGGUGCCUGGGUGGCUCAGUUGGUUAAGCGACUACCUUUGGCUCAGGUCAUGAUCCUGGAGUCCCUGGAUCGAGUCCCACAUCGGGCUCCCUGCUCGGCGGGGAGUCUGCUUCUCCCUCCGACCCUCCCCCCUCUCAUGUGCUCUCUCUCUCAUUCUCUCUCUC